CACACCAGCCUUAGUCGCCCAGUAUGGCGGUGAAUCGACAGUAUCUCAAACCCACUCUAGCUUUUGCUUGUUCCUCAGAAUCUUCUUAGCCAGAACUCUCUCCGUCAUUGAUGAGGGACUUCAAAAGUGGGCAUCCCACACGCUUAAUCCCAUUAUCGGGAGUACAUAUCCGUUCGCCUUAUCUCCGACUUAUCUACUCCACUAUUCAAUGACUCCUUAUCAAUAACAUCUAGGCUUUGAAUCAAUGCUUUUCGCUCAAUUAUUCUCUUCCUGUCCGUGAUUUCAGGCAACAAGUGAAUAAGUCAACAUGGACAAAUCUUCCAUCAACACUGAUACAGAUGGCGCAAGUCCUACAGAAGCAAUCCACGUCGAGACACCAGAUCCAGAAACAUCCAAAAGGCUAGUCUGGAAGCUCGACCUUAUUGUCCUUCCGCUCCUUGCAAUUAUAUACUUCACGCACUCGCUCGACCGAGCCAACCUCGGAAAUGCAAAGACAGAUGGCUUCGAGAAGGAUAUUGGGUUGAAAGACAAUCAAUACUCGCUUAUCUUGAUCCUCUUUUAUAUCCCUUAUGGAACGCUCAAUAUUCCAGCAACUGUUCUCGCUAAGCGCUAUAGCCCUGCUGUCGUGAUUCCUUGUCUGAUGUUUUGUUGGGGCACCAUAGCAGCUUCUACUGCAGCAGUCCACAACUUUGGUGGUAUUUUGGCAGCGAGGAUUUGUCUUGGGGUUGUGGAAGCUGGAUUUUUUCCUUCGGCUAUCUUUUACCUAACCAUGUUCUACACAAGGACCGAGAUUGCAAAACGAAUCUCACUAUUCUACAUGAUGGGCUUCGUAGCAAAUGCUUUCUCUGGACUGAUAGCAUAUAGCGUUUUUCAAUGGCACCGAUCUCUCUACAACUGGCAAUAUCUCUUCAUCAUCGAAGGGUCCUUGACCGUCACUCUAGCUAUUCUAGCCUUCAUCCUCCUCCCAAGAAGCAUAGCAAAAUCUAACUACUUCACAGAAGCAGAGAAACAAUGCUCAAAGCUACGCUUACAAGCAGAGUCCGAGAUUGAAGGUGAUAGCUUUUCGUGGAGUGCUACGCUGACACCUCUGCUUGACUGGCAUUCCUGGAUGUAUGGAUUCAUGGCUCUCUGCUAUGGAUGUGCUGCUGCAAGUAUCAGCAACUUUCUCCCGACAAUAGUGAAAAGAAUCACAGUCAAUACGGUGAAAGCAAACCUAUACACUGUUGCGCCAAAUCUCAGCGGUGGCGUAUUCAUCGUUCUCAUUUGCUGGCUCUCGGAUAAAACACAACAGAGAGCAUUAUGUGCUAUUGGAGCUGUCGCUAUCUCGAUGAUUGGUUUCAUAUGUCUUGGCACUGUAGAUAUUACACACAAGACUAGACUAGGAUACUUCUUCACUUUCCUCCUCACCUUCGGCUCAUUCACUCCAGCGGUUCUCGUCCCAGCUUGGUUAUCUAGCAACAGCAUUUCAACUAGCGGAAGAGCCACUACUGUUGGCCUCGUAGCUGGAUUGCAGAAUAUUGCAGGUAUCAUCUCGUCUGAGUCAUUUCGCUCGCAAGAUGCUCCGAUCUAUGCACCGGCACUAAUCAUAUCAGGCUGCUUUGAAGGUGCAAUGUGCGUUACUGCCGCAUUUGCAUAUCUCUAUUACAGGACUAUCAACAGAAGGUUGGACUCUGGGAAAAUGCAAUUCGUGCGGGGCAUGGAGCAGAAUCCAAACUUCAGAUAUGUUUUGUGAAUAAAAUGUCGUACUACAUCAGAUAGACGCAUGUAUAUUCAAACGCUUAGUAAUUUAUACACAGAGAAGAGAAAAUCCUCAGUCGAUAG